CGGGCUGGCGGGCGGGCGGGCGGAGCCGGACCAGCGGGACUGCCGCGGGGCGAUCGGGCCGGCUGCAGGCCGCGCCAUGGACCCUCACGUCCAGCUGGAGUUCCAGCCUCACUGAGCCAGCCGCCCCAGGAGCUUCCUGCCGAGGAAGCCACACGAGCACUGACCAUGUCUAUCAUGGACCACAGCCCCACCACAGGCGUGGUCACGGUCAUUGUCAUCCUCAUCGCCAUUGCUGCACUGGGGGCCUUGAUCCUGGGCUGCUGGUGCUACCUGCGGCUACAGCGCAUCAGCCAGUCGGAGGACGAGGAGAGCAUUGUGGGCGAUGGCGAGACCAAGGAGCCCUUCCUGCUGGUGCAGUACUCGGCCAAGGGACCGUGCGUGGAGAGGAAGGCCAAGCUGAUGACCUCCAGCGGCCCCGAGGUGCACGGCUGAUCUGGGCUUCGAGGCUUCCGGUCCUGUUUGCAGCCAGCCAAGCGGCACCAGGAGGGGCAGAACCACACAGAUAUGCUGCUAUCUGAGAGGAAGGGUUGAUGCUUGCUGGCAUGGCCUCUUCGGGCUUGGCCAUCGCAUGCACUGACUCCAGGGUCCUGGCUGUCCUGGGCUUCCCCUUGGCCUCCUGGUGGGGCUGCCCAUUGCAGGCAGUGGGCAGGCUUGACCUUGCUGGGGCCUUGCUGGGGCCACGCUGGGGCUGUGGCCCCCUAGUGCUUUUGUUACUUGAAUGUUUAGCUGAGCCUGUUUUUGACAGAGCUACUACUGUAAUGCGUGAACUAACAAACCUGUGAACUGUACAUAGGCCCCAGAAGCACGUGCUUAAAGCCUUUUUUUUGCUGAAUUUUAAAAAUACCAUAUGAAGCACAUGGGACCGGUUGAUUAUGGCCGUACUCACGAUGAGCAGAGGCAAGACCGUGGAGGGUCUUGGACGUGUAAGGCCCAGGGUUGAACCUGGCAGGAGUCUCUGAUGCCUACCUGCCUGUAUGUAAAAGAAGUGAGAUGUCAGUUUGAAGUCUCUGGCUGACCUGUCUGGGUGCUUUGGAGAGGUCUCUCUGGCUGGUAGUGGAUGAAGAGCCACGCCCCUCCCUCUUUCCUCCAGGUAGAUGCAGCGGUUAAGCUGUUAACCGCGCCCAUUGAUGGCAGUUUAUUGCAAGGACGCUACGUACCUGCUUGGGAGCCAGUGAAGGACGAGUCAGGGCACGCGUCCCGAGGCUGCCAGGCGUCUUAGUAGCCGAGCAGUGUCUUGCCCCCCUGGUUGUGAGCAUGCUGAGUGCCCCAUCUUGACACAGGCUUUGCUGAGCUCACUGAUCCUCAGAGGAACACCAGCGCUCUGGUGGCUCCUGUCAGCUGAGACCCAGUUGGCCCAGGAGCGAGUUUUUGGUUUUGUUUUUGUAUUUAAUAUUUUCUGCACUGGAGGGGAGGAGGUGGAGAUCUGGCUUUUUUCCCCCUCUUCCCUUUUCACAAGUUAGCCCCCUUUCCUCUCUGGUGAGCGCCCACCUGCUGGGUACUGGAUUUCACUUUCCUGAGUGGCCCAUCUCAAAAGUCCCUGAUCUCUUCAAAGGCCCUGCAUGYGGUGUGUGGCUUCACCAAGAAGCCACCAGAUGCUCCCUGCCAGCCCGUGCUUAGCACAGGAAGAGGGGGUGAAUUUCAAGUUCAGGAACUGGUUCUCAUGGGCAGGAGUUGGUGGCUUUCAGUGGAGCUGGCCUGCGUCUCAAGCUGUCCCAUGUGAGCUAGCUCAGGUUUUUAAUCCAACCACUGUAUGCACAUUCUACACCAUCACCAAAAUGUGGCUCAAGUGUCAUCCUGGGUCACCAGUCGGAGGCCAGCCCUGGCAUGACUUUGGAGUGCUGGCCCCAUGCACUUGAGCUGCUGGCAAGCAGCAAGCAUCGUGGGAGGCACAGCUCUGGCCUCCUGGCCCUGCUGGAGGCAACUCCCCUGUUGAGCUGAUCCACUCUCUAGAGCCCCGGGGAGCUGUAGGGAGCCUCCAUUUUAGCAGCAUCAGACAUGAAGGGUGGGAAGGGGUGGCGGACUAGGCCAUCUGUGCUGCAGGCAGUGGAGGAGCACCGGAGAGCAGGAGAGGAAGUGCCCUUGCCCCUGACGGAUGGCGCAGUGGCCAAGAGGUGGUAGAAGGACAGCUGGGCCUAAGCAGAGGCAGUCAGGUGGGGCAGAGGCUGGGAGAGGCCACCCAGCCACCGCAGCCAAGACCAGAGGGGAGGACAGGAGGCCCAAAGAUGCCGACAAAAGACAGGUGAGGUGCUGGACCCACUCCUCUCCCUGCCGACCUCCUGGCUGGCUCCCACUACUCACGAGGCUGGUGGCCCACAGCCUCAGCUGCAUGAGUGGCGGGAUCUGCACCUUCAGCCUCUGACCCCGAUCCCUCAGCUGACUCCACUCUGACGCCUGCAGUUCUCACUGUGCCGCUGAGUUUGUUUGGAGAUGACUAGCCCUGCCCUCUCAUCAGCUUCACUUUGAGGUCCUCUUGCCCCUCCAUUAGCCAGCCACGUCUGUAGAGCCUGAGUUGGCCAGGGGCAGGCCCAGUGGGGCGCUGGUGGGGUGUCUGGGAGGAGCAUGACCAUGCCCAUGAAACUGGAGAGCAACAUACAGUGGCUGUCCCUGUUCUAUCAGUGGCUACUUUUUUAAAGCAUAGAUCCCAAGCCACACACUCCAAUGGCUUAGUGAAUUAUGAUCUCUCUCAAUUCUUUAUCAAUAGCCCAACUUUUGUGUUCCAGUCUUCUAAGACAGUCAGAGUUGACCUUUCCCCCUCCAUGUCAUGGCAGAAGCAACAGUAGGGCAGCGGGAGGGAACACUGACACUGAGCCACUCAAAUACAGACUGAUUUUUCAGACAGAUCUUCAAAUGGACUGUGCUACUGUUUUUCUCUCAAAGCUACCAAGUUUGUGCAAUAAGUGGAAGGGAUGUCAUCCCUGUUUAAUAAAAGCUGAACGACAUUCAAGUU